UUAUAUUUACUUCAUUAGGAGCGCUCUGUUUAAAUUUCUGCUGUGAACCGCUUUCCCACUUCCUUUUCCAGAGUCGGUGCACGCUGGUCAUGUGAUAUCUAGUCAACACAAACAGAGAGCCGACAGACUGAACACAGCGUUUUCUGUUGUCUUAGCUGACUUGUACCCGAAGGAACAAUGUCUAUGGUGAAGCUGGAGGAGAGUCGAGAGCGGAUUCGCACAGAACUGGAUAACAUAGUGGACUUCUGGCUCAAAUACUCUCAUGACACUUUACAUGGAGGCUUCUUCACUUGUAUUGGAAGAGAUGGGAAAGUUUAUGAUGAGCUGAAAUACGUCUGGCUGCAGGGUAGACAGGUGUGGAUGUAUUGCCGCCUUUACCGAACCAUGGAUCGCUUCCGCAAGCCUGAAAUCCUUGAGGCAGCAAAAGCUGGAGGAGCAUUCCUCAGAAGGUUUGCUCGUGUGUCCAGCAGCAGUGGUCAGUGGAAAUGUGCCUUCUGCUUAACAAGAGAUGGUAAAGCAGUCCAAAUCCAGAGGACUAUAUUCAGUGAAUGUUUCUAUAUCAUGGCCAUGGAUGAAUUGAGCAGGGUCACUGGUGACAAGGACAUGCAGCUGGAGGCUGAUCAGAUGAUGGAGCAGUUGAUCUACUGGGUUCGAGUGGACUCGUCAGGCCUGGGCCGGCCCCAGCUUCCUGGAGUGGUUCCCACCAACAGCAUGGCAGUUCCCAUGAUGCUGUUGUGUCUGGUGCAACAGCUCACUGAAGGCCAGGGUCAGGAGUUGGUUCAGAAGUACAGAGAGCUGGGCAGUUGGUGUGUACAGCAGAUUCUAAAGCACAUCCAGAGAGACGGCACCGCUAUUUUAGAGAAUGUUUCACUAGAUGAAGCAGAGCUGCCAGGUUGCCAGGGCCGACUGCAGAACCCAGGCCAUGCCCUGGAGGCAGGCUGGUUCCUGCUUCAGUACAGUACAGAGUGGGGGGAUGAGGAGCUCCAGAGGACUGCCAUUAACAAGUUUAUGGAGCUGCCUUAUCAGUGUGGCUGGGAUAAAGAGCACGGUGGCCUCUUCUACUUCCUGGAUGUGGAUGGUCACUGCCCCACACAGUUGGAAUGGAGUAUGAAGCUGUGGUGGCCUCACUGUGAGGCUCUCAUUGCCUUCCUGAUGGCCUACAGUCAAACCAAGAAGCCAGAGUUGAUGGACAGAUUCUCUCAAGUUUAUGAAUACACCUUUAGCCAUUUUCCUGAUGCUGAGAACGGGGAGUGGUUUGGCUAUUUGACACAAGAAGGGAAAGUAGCACUGGAUUUUAAAGGAGGCCCCUUCAAAGGGUUCUUCCAUGUGCCUCGCUGCCUGUACAUGUGUGAGCGUAUUCUGGAUGAUCUGCUAGUGAACAAGGACUGAGCAUUCUGACAUGAAUUUUAUCAUUGUGGGACUGAAUCUGGGGUCUUUUAAUUAAAUCAAACCAUAAUAAUCAGAUUAUAAUGCAAUUAUCAUAUGCAUUUCCGUAAAGUUACUUGUUUCUUCUCAACACAAAUAUCCAGUCACUGAGCGGACUAUAAAACUUGUUGGGAAGUUAUAUUACAAAACAGUAAUCUUUUUUGUGUAUGUUCUGGUACCAAUGGCAGUUUGUGUCAAUAUUAAGAUAUCCUUCUUGGUCAGACUAAAUCAUCCUUUCUCUUACUUUGACAUCUGUUUUUUCACUAUAAGUGGUUAAGAAGAUAACCAACUAUCCGAUGAGUUUGUAUUGGUUUUUUUUUCUUUUUUUUUUUUUGUAUUCUUCCCCGUAAUGAAUUUUGUGAGCUGCUCAGCGACUAAAAGGGCCAAAUGAGCGGAUGAUACCUACUAUGAAAGUCCUGCAUCAAUGCUAAUAGUCAGACAUUUACAUUUGCACUGACAUCUAUAUGCAGUGUAGAUUUCCCACUUCACAUGGCUGCAUGUCUUGAGACUGUAGAAGGAAACCCACGCAGACACAGGGAAAUCUCAGAUCAACUCAGCAUGCUGGAUCAGGUUCCAUCCCAGGAUCAACACUUUAACCAGUGACACACUGUCCCUACCUCAUCAUACACACUAAAACAUAAAAACCAAAAACAUGGCAAAUUGUGCCUUCUAGAUGCACACUAAACUUUUGAGCCAGCUUUAAAGACCUGUAAGAGAGCAUGUAUCUUUACAUCUUAUUCAUUCCAGUUUAUAGUGUUCAAGCAUACAAAUUGCUAUACUGAUGAACCGUAUGUCAGAGAAAAAUUAAAGCUACAGUAUCUUACUGCUAGUGACAUGCUUGGCAUAAGUUGACUUACAGGCCAGUAAAUGAAUUGUAUAUUGAAAUAUUACUCCUGAUGAUUAAAUGUCCAAUAUGAUGUAUACAAAUUAUUUCAUGGCAUUCAUUUGUACUUAGUCAGUUAAUGACACUGAAGCUUCAGAUUUGAAAGGUGAUUGCGGGACAUUUUGUGAAGCCAGCACUUCAUGGAUCAGAAUCUA